GGUGACCAUUCUACAUUGAUCCAGUGCCUUUUUAUGGGAUUCGAAACUGUGACUGUGAGAUGUAUGAGAGUUUGACUUCUAGGCGGGCAAUUCUACUUUCACUUUAAACGGUAAGUUGAAAAGAGCAUGCUGCAUCUUUGAUGUAAAAUAUCUCGAAAAGGAAUCAAGGACCCUAUUGCAAAUUUGGCCUUGUUGGAAAGGUUAGGAAUUUUGCUGAAAGUUGAUAUCUGUCAUUAUACUGGGGAAAUUUUUUUUUUUUUGAAUUAGGAGGGGUUGAAAAUGGGUAUAUUUUCCUCAUUUUUGUUGCUUUUUUACUUCCAAGAUGGCAGGUGCCUGAGUGUAUCUCGACCCAUUUCCAGGCUAGCAUCAGAUGUCAUGAUGGACCUUUAAAAUCUUUCACAUGUGUGCUUUCAAGAACCAUAUACAUUAUUUUUGAAAAUUGGUUGCCAUGGUAAUAAAAUCUGAAAAUUAACACAUGGGCUUCUGAAGGCGAAUUUUCCUCCAUUUCCUGGUAGUUUGUGACCUUAAGCACAAAUCAGCUUGAAACUUGAAUUUUCCAGGCAAGAAUUUUUUUGUUUAUUGUGUUUAAAUAUGAUGUUUAUGCUUUAAAUAUGAGGUUUAUACUUAAUAUUAUUGAUUUCAUUGAAAUUGAAGGUCAUCGAUUAGUAAAUAUGUCAGAAGUAUUCUUAGCAAUUGGUCGAGUGUGAAUGCAAGAAAUUUCUCCUCAGCCAUAAAUUUUCUAUGAAAGUUUUUUGCAAUGCUAAUGAUGGAUGGAUGUGUGUGUGUCUGUGUGUGUCUGUGUGUGUCUGUCUGUCUGUCUGUCUGUCUGUGUGUGUGUGUGUGUGUGUCUGUCAAUCAGUGAGUGAGUGUGUGUGUGUGUCUGUCUGUCUGUCUGUGUGCAUGUCUUUCUGUGUGCAUACGUGUGUGCGUGCGUGCACACGCAUGCAUGUGUACGUGUCUGUCUUUGUGUCUAUGUGUUUGUCUGUGUGACUGACUAUGUGUUUGUGUGUCUGUCUGUCUAUGUGUGUGUCUGUCUGUCUGUGUGUGUGUUUGUCUGUCCGUGUGUGUGUUUGUCUGUGUGUGUGUUUGUCUGUCUGUAUAUGUAUGUGUGUGUGUUUGUCUGUCUGUAUAUGUAUGUUUGUCUGUGUAUACCCGUUCUAUGUGUGUGUUUAUCAGUGUGUGUCUGUCUGUGUGUGUUUGUCUAUGUAUGUGUUGUGUGUAUCUGUCUGUGUGUCUGUCAGGUAGUCAUAGAGAAACAGAUAAAGCUUCAGAAUAUAAAUUUCAAUUUUAUUGAAUUCACUGUAUAUUGCAUAAGGAUCACUAACAUAGGUGUGAUACACUGUACAUCUAGUGGAGUACACCGACUUUUCAGAAACUUUUUGAUAUGUCAUCCAUACGCAUCCUGGCAUGAAACUGCUUCGCUUCUGUUUGUCUAUAGGGCGAGAAAGUCUCGAAUUUACGUAACUUCCGGUUUAGGCACUGGAGAUAAACAAAGACGCCACGAGGUUUUUAGGAAUGCUGUGUUUCGUUACUGGCUGUAAUCACCAGAGUUUGAGAGAAACUUGUAGUUUCUACAGAUUUCCUAGAAAAAGUUUGAAGCAGUGGGAGAAAUUGUGCAGGAGAAAAGAUAGGACAGUGACCUCAUCGGACAGAAUAUGUAGCUGUCAUUUCAAAGAUGGAAGGAAGGAGAAAGGCCCAACCUUGUUUCCUUGGAACCAGGGUACUUACUUUGACUUCCAGGAUCCGAAUACAAUUUCACGACAUCAAUCCAGACAAGCUGACCCUUGUACAGAAGAAGAGACUGAGACAGCUGUUACAUGUAAUGACAGAGAACCUUUGACUACAAAUGAGACUGUUGAUCUGGAGUACACUUAUAUGCGGUCCUAUACAUCUCUUGUACAAGAGAUCAAGGGACUUGAAAAGCAAAUUGCAGAGUUGCAGACAGAAAUUAGUUACCUCCAGUCCAAAAAACAUCCUGUAACAGUUGCCAAAAUAAUGGAAAAUGAAAAGAAGAUGAUGAUGUACACCUCUUUAAAACCAGAGAUAUUUAGCAUCAUAGACACAACAUUACAGCGGUUCCCUCUGGUAUAUGUGGAUGGGUGGACUCCAAGUGCUUUUUCGAGGUCGGACCAACUUUUCAUGACAUUGAUGAAACUGAAGCUGAACUGUCCCCUCCUUGACCUUGCCGAACGAUUCUGUACCAGCAAAGCCACAGUACAUAAUAUCUUCAUUACCCAUGUUUUUGCUUUGCAUGAAGUGUUUUUUGUAGGCAUGAUGGAAAACAAUAUGCCAUCUCUUCUGAAAUGCAAGUCAUCAAUGCCAUCAAGCUUUGGAGAUUUCAGUUGCUGUCGUCUGGUAAUUGAUGCCACAGAGGUGACGCAGGAUGUCCCUGGUCAGGACAUGGCAGCUCAAUCCCAGACAUAUAGCUCAUACAAAAAUCGACACACUGUAAAGGCAGUAACAGGUGUUGCUCCUAAUGGAGCAGUUGUGUACGUUAGCAAACUUUAUCCUGGCAGUACCUCAGAUGUGGCUAUAGUGGAACACAGCAACAUGUUAGCUAAGUUAUCGCCUGGGGACAUGAUCUUGGCAGAUAAAGGUUUUACGAUCUAUUCACUUCUUCCUCAAGGUGUUCACUUGAAUAUUCCCCCAUUCCUUAAAGAUAAGGGACAAUACACACCAGCUGAAGUUCAGGUUUGCAGAAAGAUAGCUCGUUCAAGAAUCCAUGUUGAGAGAGUGAAUGAGAGGAUAAAAAAAUUUGAGAUUCUUUCACAUAUUCCCCAGCAAUUUCGCCACAUUAGCACAAAGAUUUUUCAAGUUUGUUCUAUGCUUGUAAACUUUCAAGAUCCAAUGAUCGCUGAAAUUGCAGAUAAUUACACUUCCAAUCAGUAAAUUGAUAUGGUUGUUUAUCUCUUUCAAUCUAUAGAGAAGAAUACUAUGUGGUUAACUGGCAGGUAAAAUGUGGUGUACAUUGUGUUGAUAUUCAUGAAUGAAGUACAUGUACUGAAAUGUAAAGGAAUGCACCUCAUUUUAUUAAAUGUGCAUAAAUGUUCAA